GACUGGAGACCAGCCGUGGUUUAUAUAUCCUGCUGCCGCAAGUUUGUCUGAUGGAGUAUCACUUUCCUGCUCGUGGGCGGGUACGUUCGCCAGUCCAUACCCAACCGCUGUCACUUGCUGAGCUCGCGUCGAGAGCGGGGCUGAACUCCCGCCACUAACUGAAAGCUCGGAGGGUUAGCUGUUAGCUAUCUAAUAAACGUGAUGGCUUCACAUCGAAGGGGCAAAAGGCUGACACACUUUGAGGUUGUCAACAGGUGGUGUUUGGAUUUUUAUGUGGCAGAGGCCCUCAACGCUUUUCGGGAUGAUGAAUACACACGGUUUACUCAUAUUAGAGACCAUCUUCAAAGUUUGUUGGAGAUGCCCAUCGAGGCCAACAGUAGUUUACCGAUGAAGUUACUAGUCAUGCAGUUUCUUUCUCGAAUAUAUGACGGUGACAAACUUGGGACAAAGUUUGAGGAGUCUGAGGAUUCUGUUACUCCGCUCGAGUCGGCCAUGACGGUGUUGGAGAACAUCUGUGCUGAGCUGGAGGUGCCACAGUCAGAUUUGGAGAGGUUCCACACGUCACUUAGAGAGAUGGUUGUUAUUGUUUGCAUAAAAAGUAAAGAAUUCAAAAAAGCCAAGGAGAUGCUACAGAAACACUUCCCUACAAGGAAAACACCAAUUGGCAAGGCUAAGCUGUUGUCAGACCUGGUGCAGCGGAAAUGCAGCACCCACCCAACACUGGAGCAGCUGUCCUACAGCCAGUUCAGGCAGAACACACUGGACUUCAUCGAGAGAGUGUACACCAUGCCCCAGCCCUUUCUGUCCAUGGUCGCUGGAAAGAAGAAUGGAGUGGUGGAAGAGUCACAGGUCAUCAAGAGAAGAUCAAAGAGACUAGAGAAUGGAACCCAAACGGUGAACCAUACAGAACACACACCCGCGCCACGUCAAGAGCAAGAUACACCAGAGCACAGGUCAUCUGCCAGUUCUGGGUUUGUGACCUUGCGUGUGCUGAGGAAGGUGUACGAGACUCAGGCAAAGAGGGAGGGACUCAAAAUGCCCUUUUCCAGGCUGAUGGAGGAGGUCUACAAGGAGGCGCCGCAGGAGGAACAAAAGGAGGUGCAGGGUGGGGAGGAGGAGCAGCAGCAGGAGCAGCAGGAGGAGGAGGAACAGGAGGAGGAGGAGAUCCUGUGUAAGGGGGUGACUCGGAAGGAGACUAAUCAGAAUGAGAACGUACAGGAGAAGACUCUGGGUGGGGAGGAGGUGCACAAGGAGUCUAAGCUUGGGGAGGUGACGGAGAAGGAGGCGCAAGAGGAGGACAAUGGAGAGGAGACGCAGGAUGAGGAGGAAUCAGUGGCUGGAAGCCUGCAUCUCUACCUGUCUGAAACGCCGCUAGAGAUUUCUGAAAGGGAAGAGGUGGUGGCUCUGUGGGAGGAGGAGGAGGAGGCGGCCAUGGAGGUGGAGGAGGAGGAGCAGCAGCAGGAGUCGGAACCGGACAGAGAGAAAGACACGGGUGAGGCGGUUAGACCAGUCCCACCUCCUCUCUCCCCCGCUCCUGAAAAGGCCGCGGUGGAGCAGCACCAUCGGGCAUUGGAGUCGGACGGAGGGAAAGACGCGGGUGAAGGGGAUGCACCGGUGCCCGCUGUCUCGCCACCUCCCCUCUCCUCAGAAGAGUCCAUUGAGGAGCAGCAGGAGUCUGAGCCGGACAGAGACAAGGAGGAGAUAGGAAAAGGAAAGGAGGAGGAGGAGGAGGAGUCGGAGUCGAUCUUGGACAGGGAGAAAGACAGGAGUGAGGAGGAUGUAGUGGUGCCCACUGUCUCGCCACCACCCCUCUCCCCUGGCCACACGGACCAUCUUUUCUCCCAAACAGACUCGCCCAGCCUCCUGGCACCCCGCCGCGCUCGCUCCCGCCACAAGAACUCCCUCCUGACGGCACCCGACGACGGCCCAGACUCCCCUCUGCACCCACACUCUCCUGAGUCCGAAUCUCGGGACCCCGCCGAGCAAGCCAAGUCUGCGGUGAAUAGUCUGCCAGGCGGCCUCCCGGUGUCCAAAAAUAGGUUUGCGCGCUACUGCAGGGUCACGGUGGCCCAGCUCGUCAUGCUGCCCGACAGCCAGACCUGGACCUGUCCGUCGCAGAACUCUGACCUCAAGAGGUCCGCGGCGGAUUCCACGUCCGCUACAGAGGACUCCCUGUUGGAUGAUCCCAUCUUGCCGUCGCACACGGACACAAAGGCUGAGAAGACUGUCGGGACACGUCCGCUGGCGUUGGCCCUACGGCGCCUGAGGGACCCAACUCCCUAACUCGCCCGUCAGGGGUAGCCCCAGUACCGCCAGGCGUUCGUUGGAGUUGGACUCUGCAGAGGACUCCCUGUUGGUUGAGCCCCUGUUGCCGUCGGACACGGAGGCUGAGAAGACUGUCGG